AUGUCUAUCAACGCUGGUUGCGGCCGUUAUACAAGGCAAUUAUUACGGAAGAGAUUGUUUGCUCCCAUUAUCAGCGAACACGAGCCCACUAGUAACCUUCGAAAUCAAAUCUUCCACGUUCGAAGUGCUCCAGCUGGUCGAGGAUACCGCUCCCUCCCAGGAUUCGUGCAGAGCAGUACACAGGAUCCAGGAUAUCGGCUUAGACUGUACGAGUGCAAAAGACCUAGAAUGGCUCCUACGGCAAAGCCGGAUCUUGAAAAGCAGUACAUGUCCACGAAACCACCACCUAAAAAGCAACAUGUAGAACCUCGACCGAGUUCAAGUAUCCUCCUCAUAUCACCCUCCAACGAAAUCCUUCUCCUUUCCCGCGUGAAAACCUCUUCCUCCUUCGCCUCAGCGCAUGUCUUUCCCGGUGGAAAUCUUUCAGCGUCGCAAGAUGGAGAUAUCCCACCCCCAGAUCAUGCCGCGAGACACAUUGACGGACCGGCGUAUAGGUUAGGUGCUAUAAGAGAGUGUUUUGAGGAGAGCGGGCUGUUGCUUGCGAAAAAGAAGGGGGAUGAGAGUGGGGUGUUACUUGAGGUUGGGGAAGCGGAGAGGGAGAGAGCUAGGAAGGAGAUACAUGGUGGGAAAUUGAAGUUUGUGGAUUGGGUUGAGGAAUUGGGUGGGGUUGUUGAUUCUGACUCACUCCUCCCCUUCACUCGCUGGAUCACCCCACCCAACCUCCCGAAACGCUUCACAACCCAGAUGUACAUCUACUUUCUCCCCCUAACCCAACCCUCCGUCUCCUCCACAUCUUCAAUCCCCAUCCCCACCCACGACGGCGGAAUCGAGCACACAACAGCCUCCUUCGCACCCUUCACCAAAUGGCUAACCCUCGCCAACACCAACGAAAUAAUCCUCUUCCCACCCCAAUACUACCUAAUGACGCUCCUCGCCCCCCUCCUUACACCCUCAUCCUCACAUUCAGAACUCCAAGCACAGCGCCACUCUGUGCUUAAAUUCCUAGAAGGAGACGGUGAUGGAAAAGGUGUGAGGUGGGCGGACAAGGUGAUGAGUCCGACGGGGUUGUUCAUGAGGAAGAGUGAUGGACGGAGUGUUUUGGCGCUCGAUAAACCGGGGCCAGAGUUAGCUGGGAGUGGAAGGAGAGGAGACGAGGAACGUGUUGUGCUUGUGAAGUUUUCGAAGGAGGGACCGAGGAAUGUGGAGGUUAGAUUGAGGAGGGAUGUUUUGAGUGAGGAGAGAGGUGCGAAGAUAUAG